AUGGCCCAGGAAUUAUCGGGAUGGGACGGCGUCGACGAAGACGGGCCCAGCGACUUCGCGGCGGACAAUACGCUUCAGUGGAUCCUGAAUCGCGCUAACCAAGGCAAGCUCGCGGCGGCUGAUGCCUUAUCAGACGAGAGCUCCUCGCCGUUCAGCGGACAGUAUGGCGAAGAAGUUCAUCAGUCGCUGAAUGGUGCUCGAGAGGUCCCGUUCCCCACGAGUCUUCUCUCACCGCGCCCUAUGCCAGCCAACUAUAGCGCACGAUCUUCGUCUACGAUGGUCGCGACAUAUCCCAGUGGAGGUGUUCAUCAGGAUAAGGGGCGCACCGCAGAGGAUUUCAUAGGUUCCCUAUUUUCGAGUCCGAUUCCGAUAGGAAUCUAUCUCACAUCGCGUCUACAGGCCGUCAAGUUAGCGAAGGCCCUCUGUCAGCCGCAGAUGCUGCAGCUGCCCAGCAAGGAGGCACUCAGGGCAGUAGCCAAGCCCCAUUCCUUGCAAGAACGAAAUAUCACGGGGCGCCGAUUUCUCACAACAAUGGUCGAGGGCCCCGCGGUGGAGGUCGCGGUAGCGUUAACGGGCAAGCAUUACGACCGUCAGCACCUUCCUCCGAGAACGGUUCGUCGCGGAGGUCGCCCAGCCGACACCCGGGGCACUCGCAUUCGUUGUUCCAGAAUCACGACGGCGACGCGCCUGCCCAAGUGCAUGGCGGACAUACCUCAUAUGGCUGGCGAGGUGCUGCAUGGAAUGCGGGGAGCCAGUAUCGCCCGUCUGGCCUACGAGGGGCAUUCGAUACAAAUGCCUGUGAAUGUGGGGGCUCCGGCGGAAGAGGAGGGUCCUGGAGUGUCAGAGGAGGUACGGGUGGAGGAGGAGGCGGGCAUGGAGGCGGAGGAGGAGGCGGGGGAGGCGGCGGCGGGGGAGGCGGCGGCUACGGUGGAGCAGGAGGUUAUGGAGGCUACGGCGGGGCAAGUGCAGACACCACUCCCGGCGAUGGAAAUGAUGGCGAUGGUGACAGAGGAGGUGAUACUGCUAGCCAAAGUGGUGAGCGUGGUGGACGUGGUGGAAGUAGGGGCAGGGGAGGCAAUCGUGGUGCCGGCAGAGGCACCCGUGGAGGUAGAGCCGGUAGUUCACAGAGCGACCGUACCAGCAGGCGAGGGGACUGAAUGA